UCAUCUCUUCAGCAUAUAUGAGAGCGCUCAUCCACUCACUCACACAUCACACUUACAGCUGCAGCUCACAUCACCGUCACCAUGAACAGAAUUGUGUUUGGAGUCGUUGCCGUCGUCGCGCUCUUCACUUUAUCUGAAGCUCUGAAGUGUAACACAUGUCAAGUCGGCAUUCUGGGGAAAUGCUUUCUGAAAUCUGAAGCCACGUGUGCUGCUCCUGACACCAGCUGCUUCACUGCUAAAGCAGAGUUCAACGUGACAGGAUUUUUAAGUUUGUCCACGAGCGGUUGCACAUCUAACUGCAAUAACACGGCCGGAACUGUUCUAGGUGCUGGAUACACCAUCACUAAAACCUGCUGUACUGUUGAUCUGUGCAACGGAGCCAGUGCCGCACACAUGUCUGUAGCUGGAGCCGUGAGCGCCGCCCUGCUGGCCACAUUCUGGAGCACUUACAUGUGAUGCUCCUCUCACAACACAUCAAGAUGACAUCCUAGAACCUUCUGUAACUUUACUGUAUUUUUUUACAUUUCUUUUUACACUUUGCCACUUAUUACAAAAUGAUAUUUUUUCUGUGAUCUAUUGUCUUCAUAUAUGAAAUCUGUAUGAAUUCACUCUGUCUGUUGUUGUAUUUUAUUAUUUUCCAUGCACGAGUGGUGUAAAUAAUAAUAGGGAGGACUAUGACAAUCUGUGAUGUAAAACAAGACAUGUGGGAGAAAUAAAUAAAGAGUGUCUGUGAGUGCUGCA